CAACUUUGAGAUCAAAACAAACCCCGAGGAGCAGAAACCGAGCUGGAUCCAGUUUGUGAAAACGGUCUGAGCCGAGGAAGGAAAAACACUGCCAGAUAUUUUCUGUCGCGUCAGAUUGCAGUUGAGGUGAAAAGAUGAUCGGAAAGAUCCUUUCCCAUCUGCUCGGCAACACCGAGGUUGCAGAUGAUGACACUUAUGAGGAGCUGAUGGAGUUUGAAGAAGGAGGAUGGGUCAUUGUCAAUCUUCCAGAGAGCGGGCCGCUGUCGGCUCCUGAGGUUGACCCUCUGGAGAACCUGCUGAUCGAGCAUCCCAGCAUGUCUGUGUACCAGAUGAGACGCAGGAUGAGCAGAGAGGAAGAGGAGGAGGAGGAAGAGCUGGGUUCUGAUGAAGAUGAGGAGCUCUCAGCAAGGCCAGCAGCGGUGAGGCAGCAUGUCUCCUGGCGCCUGGCGGCCUGGGGAAUCCCUCUGCCCUGCCACGUCCAGCUGCUGGCCGUGCAGCGGGCGAGGAGCCAGGCUGAGCGCAAGAAGCUGAGCCGCGGCGCCCUCCACAGGCAGAACCUGGCCAAGACGCGUUUCUCCGCCGCGGAGAAACGCUACGGCCACUUCAAGCAGCCCUGCCAGCGCCUCUACAGCUACUGAGCGGCGUGCACGACUCUCCUCGUGCGGGUGCGCUCCAGGUUGCCUCCAUUAGCGGUCGAAUGUGCUGCACAUAGUCUGAGGGUUUUUUUUCCUGCACUGUUUAUCUUGUAUAUCAGUGCAGUUGAAAUCAUACUGAGCAAACCAAACAGCAUUUCAAAACAAAGUGGAAACUGAAUGUUAACCUUGCAGACUUUCUUCUGCAUUGCACGACAGGAGCUAGUGCACGUUCAGGUUAUCAACAGACAGUGUUCAAGAUUUACCACUUCCUCUGACAGUAAUCACUGUGUGCAGCCCGGUGUUAGUGUAGGCAACCUGCAGUGUAACCCUCACUCUGUGUGAAACCACUGAACGACGACCCUUGAUCUCCUGAUAUCUCGAACGAAACAGUCUGUCCCUCCGGUUUGAUAAGAAUGAGCAACACGUGUUGCUCUCGAGUAAAAGCCUUUGUGCAGUAUCAAACGAGAACAGUGGAGCUUGUUUGAGCUGUCCAGAUUCAGUACUGUAGCUGAAAGUAGAGGUAGGGCUAGCAAGCUGGAAGUGUGUGAAAGGUAUUCUGAUGUUGUUGUUACUGUUACAAGAUGCCGGCGCUGAUCAAAAUUCGCAAAAGCAAGGAUACUUUAUUCUACACGAGGAUGCAGUUGGUUUGCAGCACAAUUUGACAGGAUGUUUCUCAGCUGUAUCUGGUUUGUUUUGUACGUUGUGCCUUAGAUUUAGACUUUGUUGUGACUUGUGUUUGACAGGUUAAAAGCUAAUUUCAUGAGCUGUACAGUCAUCAAUGCCAUGUGAAAGCACUAUAUUCUGUGAGUUACUGUGAUUGCCUAAGAAAAAUUGCUCCUUUGAUUUUGAAAUGGAUUUUCUGCAUAACAAAUGAUGACAAAACCACUGUUAAUGUUUUGUAUUCAUAUCAUUUUAUACUUUGCAGUGGGUACUCCCUUUUCCAUGUUCCAACAGUUGUUAAUUUUAGAGACAUGCU